CUAAUAGACAUUGCUCUCUUGACUUAUAAUUUCUUGAUACAGUCAGUACAGGAAUGCACGAUUGUAUUCCUUUUCUCUCCACCAUUCAUCAUUUUCUCUUGUGUUGUUUCUUGCAUCGCCUUGGCAGUAAUCAACACAAGAGAAAUGGCGGACUUGCUUCUACUAAUACCCUGGAAUAAAAUCUUCACUGCUGCAUGUGGCUGCUUUUUAAGCGAUAGAAACUACAUUCACUUGAUGGAGUCAAAUCUCGAUGCUCUGGAGACAACUAUGGAACUUAAGAAUAGACGAGAUGAUCUGUUAGCAAGAGUUUCCAUAGAAGAAGAUAAAGGUUUGCAACGGCUUGCUCAAGUCAACGGAUGGCUUUCAAGGGUAAAAAGUGUUGAAUCCCAAUUCAAUGAUAUGCUUGCGGCUAGAUCAACUGAAACUGGAAGAUUGUGUUUGUUUGGAUAUUGCUCCGAGGAUUGCAUAUCAAGCUACAAUUAUGGUGAAAAGGUAUCGAAGAUGUUGGAAGAAGUUGAAGAACUUCUAUCUAAAAAAGAUUUUGUAGAGGUGGCGCAGAAAAUUAUACGUAAGGCGGAGAAGAAGCAUAUCCAAACCACAGUGGGUUUGGAUACAUUGGUUGAAAUGGCAUGGGAAAGCGUCAUGAACGAUGAAAUAAGAACCUUGGGUCUUUAUGGUAUGGGGGGAGUAGGAAAAACCACCCUCUUAGCUUGUAUCAACAACAAAUUUGUUGAAUUGGAGAGUGAAUUUGAUGUUGUGAUAUGGGUUGUGGUAUCUAACGACUUUCAGUAUGAGGGCAUUCAAGAUCAGAUUCUGGGAAGAUUACGUCUUGACAAGGAAUGGAAACAAGAAACAGAAAAGGAGAAAGCUUUGUGCAUAGACAAUAUCCUUAAUAGAAAGAAAUUUGUGCUGUUGUUGGAUGAUCUCUGGAGCGAAAUGGAUCUGAACAAGAUAGGAGUUCCACCUCCAACUCGAGCAAAUGGAUCGAAGAUUGUUUUCACCACUCGUUCGAAGGAAGUUUGCAAGCACAUGAAAGUUGACAAGCAGAUAGAAGUUGAUUGUUUGUCACCAGAUAAAGCGUGGGAAUUGUUUCGAAUUACUGUUGGAGAUGUCAUAUUCAGCGGCCAUCAGGAUAUUCCCGCACUUGCAAGAAGAGUUGCUGCAAAAUGUCAUGGCUUGCCACUUGCACUUAAUGUCAUUGGCAAAGCCAUGGCAUGUAAAGAGACUUUACAAGAAUGGUAUCUUGCGAUUAAUGUUCUGAAUUCGCUUGGCCACGAGUUUCCAGGUAUGAAAGAAAGAAUUCUUGGCGUUUUGAAGUUCAGUUAUGAUAGCUUGAAGAAUGGUGAAAUCAAAUCGUGCUUCCUAUAUUGUUCUUUGUUUCCUGAAGAUUUUGAAAUAAAGAAGGAGGAGUUGAUAGAAUACUGGAUAUGCGAAGGAUUUAUAAAUCCGAACAGAUAUGAAGAUGGAGGUACCAACCAAGGUUAUGAUAUAAUUGGCUUGUUAGUUCGUGCACAUUUGUUGAUUGAUUGUGGUGUCAAAGUUAAAAUGCAUGAUGUGAUACGUGAGAUGGCUCUGUGGAUAAAUUCUGACUUCGGAAAACAGCAAGAAACAAUUUGUGUGAAAUCUGGGGAUCAUGUACGUAUGAUACCAAAUGACAUCAAUUGGGAGAUUGUGAGACAGAUGUCUUUAAUUCGUACUCACAUUUGGCAGAUAUCUUGCAGUCCCAACUGCCCCAACCUUUCAACCCUAUUACUCCGAGAUAACAUUCAGUUGGUGGAUAUUUCAGUUGGAUUCUUUCGGUUUAUGCCAAAACUUGUGGUCUUGGAUCUUUCUAACGGGGGGCUUACUGGAUUGCCGGAAGAAAUUUCUAACUUAGGUUCCCUGCAAUAUCUCAAUUUAUCACGCACAAGGAUAAAAUCGAGUUUGGAUAUUUCAGUUGGAUUCUUUCGGUUUAUACCAAAACUUGUGGUCUUGGAUCAUGUACAUGAGAUCAGUCUUGUUGGGAUAGCAACAACCUUACCAAAUCUGCAAGUGUUGAAAUUAUUUUUUUCCCGUGUUUGUGUUGAUGACAUAUUAAUGGAGGAAUUACAACACUUGGAGCACUUGAAGAUUUUAACGGCAAACAUAAAGGAUGCCACGAUUUUGGAAAGGAUACAAGGAAUUGACCGAUUGGCGAGUUGUAUUCGAGGUUUAUGUCUACUAGGAAUGUCAGCACCUCGUGUAAUAUUAAGCACGAUAGCUCUGGGAGGUCUUCAACGCCUUGAAAUUGGGAGCUGCAACAUAUCUGAGAUAAAGAUAGAUUGGGAAAGCAAAGAAAGAAGGGAGCUUUCACCAAUGGAGAUUCUCCCAUCUACAAGUUCUCCAGGCUUCAAGCAACUCUCCACUGUUUUUAUAUUCAAUUUGGAAGGGCAAAGGGAUUUGUCAUGGCUGUUAUUUGCUCAAAAUCUAAAGAAGCUAGAAGUGGGCUAUUCACCAGAAAUAGAAGAAAUAAUAAAUAAGGAGAAAGGAAUGAGUAUUACCAAAGUGCAUCCAGAUAUUGUUCUUCCCUUUGGGAACCUGGAAAUCCUUGAGCUAGAAGAAUUGCCUGAACUUACGGAAAUCUGCUGGAAUUAUCGGACUCUUCCUAACCUUAGAAACUUCAAUGUCAGAGAUUGUCCAAUGCUACCUGAAGAUGUCGCUAAAUUUCUCAAGCUUGCAGAGUAAUAACGGGUGGAAGGGUGAUGACAAGUGGUCAAUUGCUAAAGUGAUGAAAUCGAAUUAGAGUACCAAUUGUUUCCUUUGUUUCUUUGUUUGAUUUGCUUCUGCUUCCAGAAAAGAAGGAACACAAGAGAGUCCUUCAAGUUUCUUUCAUCUUUCACGUUUCUUUUGCUUCCUUGUGUGUAGGAACGUGUAGUUCCAAGACUGUUUCCUAAAAUAUAAAUGAAAAAGCCAAAAAAAAGAGGCAGAGAAAUUUGCCUGAAGAAUUUUUGUUCUUGUGUUUUUUAUUCAUGAUUUUGACUGGGACCUUAUCAUCGGGGAUUAAUAAUGGGAGAAAUAUGUUUCUACGCAAAGGAAUGGUCUCUACUGUAUAAACUUUGCUCCCACUUUGUGUAACUGCACUUGUGAAUUCAAAGAUUCGUUGGCGUGUUUUUGUCAUGUUUGUGAUGUCUCCUAAGAACAUCAGCAAUGCGGCACUCAAGAAGAUAGAUGUGAGGCAAAUUAAAUUAGUAAAAUAAAGUUAGAGAGGAGAGAGGAGAGAUGAGGAACAGAGGAGGAACACAGAGGAAAGAUGAAAAAUUGUUUUCAUCGAAGGAACAGAGAGGAGAGAUGAAAACAAUUUUUUAAUAUAAAAAAAAUCAGAACCAACCAAACAAAGACACCUGCCCCUCACACUCGGUUGUAAACUAACACUCGCAUACGCAUUCCAAGUGCACUGUUCUCUUACUUUUGAAUAUUUUAAUACU